GGCGCCAUCACCGACACCGUCAUGGCCGAAUACGGCAGGUCAAAGUCGACGGCGUCGAAAACGGUGACGCUAUCCAAGCCCUCCAGCAUGAAUCUGUACGCCAAGGUUUGCGUGAACGACCGUCAACACAGUUUCGUCGCGAUCACACCCGACAACGACGCCCAGGUCAUCGCUAGCAUGUGGACGUCUUUGCAAAGCCGCGCCAACGGCGACACGACUUUCCAGCUCUAUGUAUACGUCGAGAAGCGGGAGUCGAAGACCCAACAGAUUCGCCGCGCAACGGACCCGCGGAUUCGCAAGGUCGCUGCGCGCGGCGUAGCUGUCGAGUACAUGCCUUUGCGUGUCCGGAUCGGUGGCCAGCAGCUCGUGCUCGACGUCAAUGUUGAGGACUUUCGGCGCAUUGCGAACGUCGACUUGGACCAUCGCUCGCCCCUGACAGAGGAUGCAUUUUAG